AUGCCACCAACCUCGAGGAGCCCCGACAAAUUCCCGCCGGGCAAGGUAGUACAGAACGGAGGGCAGUCUGCCAAGUCAACUACGACGAAUGGCCAGGAUCAACGCAAAGCUCCGAAAACCAGCUCCGCGGCUGAUAAGGUUGUCCCGCCCGCUCGUGCAGCCUCACAAAACUCACGUCAAACAUCACAAGCCUCGUCGCAAUCAACGACCAACCAUGGCGUCAACAAGCCCCGCCCAGAAGCCAGCCGUCAAAGAAGCAAGUCUAAAGAGUUGACAAAGUCUCUCACGCCAUCUGCUGCAUCCCCGGGCAGAAUAGAUUACCGCUCCCUGCCAAUCGUGAGAUCAGGGCUGCAGCCUCCUCCGACGAGUAUCAAAACCGCGCCCCCAUUCCCGCAACCUACAACUUCAUCAGCUAAGCGCAAGAGAGCAAGCAUCUCGGACACGGCUUCAACUUCGACAUCAGACUCGGACUCAGAAGACACCGACGAAGAUACGACCGCUGCCUUCACCACUAAGAGAGAGACAGGGCCUUCGCCGCAGUCUCGAGAUGGAACGAGGCGUUCGACAGGCGCAGUUGCGCAUGGUAGUGUUCCGAACAUUCACAACUUCGUCCCAGAUCCCAGUGGGCCUUCUACGUUUGCUUCCGAUAACCCUUUCGUCAAUAACAGACGUGGGGAGACAAUCCGAGAACCUAGUGAGGAAAGCGAAGAUGCCGGAAUCAACGGUCUGGCAACCAACGCCAGGCAAAACCACAGCACAGGGCUCAUGGCGCGACGCCCCAAUCUUGCCAUCCAGAAUCAACAAGUCUUCUCAGUUUCCACUGAGCGAUGGCACACAAGGCCUCCAAACUCCAGGAAGUUGACCUGCGAGCAGCGGCGGGUUGAGCUUUGCCGUACUGUUGACCAAGACAAAUUCGACACCUGGAUCUACACACAGCCUGAAGCGGAUACGCCUCCCCCGGAAGUCUUCAUCCCACCCGCUCCUACUCGCCCCAAUUCCGCUUCAGCCGGAGAGGAAGCACACAGGCCGUUCUACAUGAGAUUCGAUCCCCGUAUCCACUGGUCUCACGACCGCUCUGACGAGUGGUUUGAGCAGAAGAUAGAAGAGAUCAAGGCUCGCGGCGGACGCAAAGCUAACUUUGGUAAGGCAGCCUACCGGAUGAAACAGCAGAGACUUGCCGAGGAGCGGUCUGAAGCUGGGCAGGCAAUCGCGAGGGCGCUGGCAGCGCGACGGGGUAAGGACCCGCCGAAGCCACCACCCAACCCGCCGCAGCCAUGGUCACACCGAAGACCCAUGGAUUUCGGCGACGUACCGGUGGAGGAGCUUCCCAGCUACGUGCGGAGGAAUGAAGACUGGCUGAAGGCCACUGAGUGGAUGCGGAAAUCACGCGAUCUUUCUUUGAAAGCCGCAGCGCUUGAGGCUGCCGGCGAGCCUUAUGAGCAUUUAUUCAAGAGGAAUCGAAAUGGCCAGUGA